AAAUGAACAAGUGUGACUGCUUUUUCUAAUUUAUCUUAAGGUUGAAAAAUUUUCUUGAGGCUUUUCAAAUGGAAAAUUAGGGUGGUUUUUUUUUGCCGAGCUUUUAGGCUUCUAUAAAUUUUUUAUUUAAUUAAUGUUUUUAUUUUCUUAAUUAUUCAUCUACCUCUAAAAAUAAAGAAAGAAAUGAGUUGACGAAUUCAGAAUUUAGAUUAUCUUGAUAAAUGCAAAUAAUAUGUGGAUGUCCUUGACAUUUAAAGAAAAAAAUUGUAGUGUGGUCGCAAGUAUAUAUAUACAGAAGUUAAGAUUAAAGUCCACGAUACGAUAAUAUACAUAUCUUGGGCAGAAAGCUUCGAUACUGAAACAGUCUAACAGACAGAAAAUAUGAUUUUCAUAGCUGGCAAAACAAGUAGAAUCUUCUUCCGUUGUAUAGCCGAACUCAGAAGUUCAUUUAAUCAAAAUGAACUCAUUAAGAUAUCAACUAGUAACUUCUCAGUUACGUCUCAUUCAGGAAACAGAGAUGGAAAAGUAUUCGAAAGUGCUGAGGAAGUUGUGUCGGACAUUGAAAAUGGCGCGAAGCUUUUAGUGGGCGGCUUCGGCCUUUGUGGGAUACCCGAGAAUCUCAUAGACGCUGUUCUGAAAAGAGGAUCUACAGACUUGACGGUUGUUUCAAACAAUGCUGGCGUUGAUGACUUUGGACUUGGAAAGCUACUGAAGGAACGCCGAGUAAGGAGAAUGAUUUCUUCUUACGUCGGCGAAAACGCAGAAUUCGAAAAGCAGUAUCUCGAAGGGGACCUUGAAGUGGAAUUGACACCUCAAGGCACUCUGGCCGAACGCAUAAGGGCGGGAGGCGCCGGGAUUCCAGCCUUCUACACACCCACCGGAUGGGGAACUAUUAUUCAGGAGGGGAACGUGGUUGUCAAGUACAGCAAGGCAGGUGAGCCGGAAAUAUCGGGGGAUGCCAGAGCCACUCAGGAUUUCAACGGGCGCAACUACGUUCUCGAAGCUGCGAUAACUGGAGACUUUGCACUGGUCAAGGCCUGGAAAGCCGACACAGCCGGCAAUUUAAUAUUUCGAAAGUCGGCUAGAAAUUUCAACCCGGUAAUGUGCAAAGCGGCGAAAAUUACAAUAGCAGAAGUGGAGGAAGUUGUGCAAGUGGGACAGCUGGACCCCGAUAACAUUCAUUUGCCUGGGAUAUAUGUGGACAGAAUCAUAAAAGGUUCAUCGUACGAAAAACGCAUCGAGAAAAGAUUAACAAAGCAAUCAGUGAAGCCUAAAAAAUCAACACCAGCUGGCAAAGCUAGAGAAAGGAUUAUAAGACGAGCAGCUGCAGAAUUUAAAAAUGGAAUGUACGCUAAUUUGGGGAUCGGCAUACCGAUGCUCGCCAGUAACUUCAUUCCAAAAGGAGUUGAGGUCACCUUGCAAUCUGAGAAUGGAAUUCUGGGAUUAGGUCCGUUUCCAGGAGAGUCUGAAAUUGAUGCCGACUUGAUAAAUGCUGGCAAAGAAACUGUCACAGUUCUACCUGGAGCCUCAUUCUUCAGCAGUGAAGAGAGUUUUGCCAUGAUUAGAGGGGGCCACGUCGAUUUGACAAUCUUGGGUGCAAUGCAAGUCUCUCAAAAUGGAGACUUGGCAAAUUGGAUGAUACCCGGAACAAUGGUCAAAGGCAUGGGAGGAGCAAUGGACCUCGUGUCCGCCGGGAAGACGAAGGUAGUGGUAACAAUGGAGCACAGAGCUCGUGACGGCAGCCCGAAAAUUCUGGCCAACUGCACAUUACCAAUUACUGGUCAGGAGUGUGUAGAUUUAAUAAUUACUGAUUUGGCAGUCUUUGAAGUCAUUAAAGGAGAAGGUCUAAAACUUGUUGAAAAGGCACCAAAUGUGGACAUAAGUGAAAUCGUCAGCUCUACUGGCUGUGAAUUCUCGGUUUCAGAUGAAUUAAAGGACAUGAUUCAGGUUUCCACAGAUGAGCCCUGAAGGUGAAGCCAACUCAUGUGAACCGACCAAAAAAUCGACGAUCGACCCUUCGGCAUUUAGUUUUAUAAAAUAAAUGUUAAAACGACCGUUUUUGUACCACAAGGACAAUAACUUUUCACAGAUUUUGACGCCCCAUUGUGGAUAUUAUUUUACAGACUUCUAGACCCUCAAAUAGAAUGGGCCUUAAAGAUUAAAGCAAUUCAAUAAUUCUUGGUAAAGACGUCAAAAAAUGAUUGCUUUGAAUUUGUUACGUUCUAAGAGCAGAACCGCCAUAAAUUUGCAGUUGCGUCAUCAGGACAAAAUAAUUCAUAAUUUUAAGCAAAUACAGAUCAGAAUAAAUGAAUUGUAAAUGAUGUGACACUUUUGUGUUUGUUUAUAUCUUUAUUAUUUCCUUUAAUUUUUAAUCGGAAAACAAACCUCUACCGUGUAUAUUAUUAUUAUUAUUAUUAUACAUAAUAUAUAUUUUAUAAUAA